CUGAUAUCUGACGUGCAGGAAUCGGGCUAAGAUGUGGUUGCCAGGAGGCAGUGCGAUUAGGGCGGCCUUCUCAGAAGGCAGUGGUCUUCCUCAGACUGAAGCGCCGAUUCAUGAUGGGGAAGACCUCUGCGAGGGACCGAUGCGGGAUCGGUCGGUCCCUUCCCAAGGGCUUCACAACAGCUGCCUCAGAAGGUAGGGCGGCCUCCGAGAGGCGAGAUGCCAUGCCGGAAGGCCGUUCCACACGCUUCUCGCCCCCACCCCCUUCCUCCUGCGCGCCGCUGGGGAGGAGACGUGGCGUGGAGGUGGUGGAGCAACAGAUUUGGCUCUGAAUGGGCUCGUCGUCGCGGGGUGUUCCAUCCGGGCCCCAGCGGGUCAGAUGUCGGGUCGCGUCCGUCACCCGUGCUGCGGCGGUCUGGCGGGCCUUCGGAAGUUGGCGGAGGCCACCCAAAGUUUUGGAAGCUCCAAACCAAUGCAGCGACCACAAUGGUGAGCCAGUGGGGAGUUGGGGUGACCGCACUGUUUUGGGACUUGGUCCCAGGAGAGGGCAAGCAAUGUUAAGCAACAUGGAUCCUCGAGCCUCAUUCUUCACCCUUGACUCUGGCGACUCACAUAUGUUACCGUGCCCAUACAUGUUUGUUCGUGGCUGUUGCCUCGAGGUAAUGAGCUCGGCGGCUCAAUUCAGGCGCGCAGCACUAUCUGUCCGCCUACUGGAUCAACAGGUGUCCAUCCUCACUGGUUUGAUUUCCCAGCCGUGCAGCACACUGAGACCAGCCGAGAGGAGCUGCACAGGAGUAUGUUCCCCCCGCUCCCUCCCAGCUCGUUCCGCAGGCUCCAGGACCGCCACCUCCAGCAGCGCCUCCGCGGGCGGCGGCGGGGAGCUGCUCGCCACCUCCGGGGACUGCGUCCGCAUCUGGAGCUCCAGCGGCGAGCUGCGGCGGCUGCUGCGGCACGAGGCGAACCCCAGAGGCGUUUGCUGCCCCAUCACCGCCAUCGACGUCGACCCCGAGGCGGGGGCGGCUCCUGUGCUCGCGUCGUGCGACGUCUACGGUACCUGCGCGCUGUGGGACCUGGAGACGGGGGCGCCGCGGCAGCGGCCCGUCGACCUCGGGCAAGCGCUGCUCGACGUCGCCUUCGGCCCCAACGGGC